CUUCCAACAUGGCGCACGCUGGCGGCGGCGGCGGCGGCGGCGGCGGCGGCGGCCCCGCGGGCCGGGGGCUGAGCGGCGCCCGCUGGGGUCGCUCGGGCUCUGCGGGCCACGAGAAGCUGCCGGUGCACGUGGAGGACGCCCUCACCUACCUGGACCAGGUGAAGAUCCGCUUCGGCAGCGACCCUGCCACUUACAAUGGUUUCCUGGAGAUCAUGAAGGAGUUCAAAAGCCAGAGCAUCGAUACUCCUGGAGUCAUCCGACGAGUGUCGCAGCUCUUCCACGAACACCCUGACCUGAUUGUUGGAUUCAACGCUUUCCUCCCUCUCGGGUACAGAAUAGACAUUCCCAAGAACGGCAAGUUAAACAUACAGUCGCCUCUGUCAAGCCAGGAGAAUUCACACAACCACAGCGACUGUACAGAGAACGUCAAGCAGCAGAUGCUAUAUAAGGAGGACAAACCGCAGGUGCCCUUGGAGUCAGAUUCUGUGGAAUUCAACAACGCCAUCAGCUACGUGAACAAGAUUAAGACCCGCUUUCUAGAUCACCCAGAAAUCUACAGGUCAUUCCUGGAGAUACUGCACACUUACCAGAAGGAGCAGCUGAGCACGAAGGGCCGUCCGUUCCGAGGCAUGUCUGAAGAGGAGGUGUUCACCGAGGUGGCCAACCUCUUCCGCGGCCAGGAGGACCUGCUCUCCGAGUUUGGACAGUUCCUGCCCGAAGCCAAGCGGUCCCUGUUCACAGGAAAUGGGCCAUGCGAAAUGAACAGUGUCCAAAAGAGUGAGCACGAGAAGAAUCUGGAACACAGCAAAAAGCGCUCUCGGCCCUCACUCCUCCGUCCCGUGUCUGCACCAGCCAAGAAGAAAAUGAAACUCCGUGGUACCAAAGACCUGUCCAUCGCCACCGUGGGGAAGUACGGGACUCUGCAGGAGUUCUCCUUCUUUGACAAGGUGCGCAGGGUGCUGAAGAGCCAGGAGGUCUACGAGAACUUCCUCCGCUGCAUCGCGCUCUUCAACCAGGAGCUUGUGUCCGGCUCUGAGCUCCUCCAGCUGGUCAGCCCAUUUCUAGGGAAAUUUCCAGAACUCUUUGCACAGUUCAAGUCAUUCCUGGGGGUGAAAGAGCUGUCCUUCGCCCCACCCAUGAGUGACAGAUCCGGGGAUGGAAUAAGCCGGGAAAUCGACUACGCCUCAUGCAAGCGCAUCGGAUCCAGCUACCGGGCGCUCCCCAAAACCUACCAGCAGCCCAAGUGCAGCGGGAGGACGGCCAUCUGCAAGGAGGUACUGAACGACACCUGGGUGUCCUUCCCCUCCUGGUCAGAGGACUCUACCUUCGUCAGCUCCAAGAAGACGCCCUACGAGGAGCAGCUGCACCGCUGUGAGGACGAGCGUUUCGAGUUAGAUGUUGUCCUGGAGACCAACCUGGCCACGAUCCGGGUGUUGGAAAGCGUGCAGAAGAAGCUCUCCCGGAUGGCGCCGGAAGACCAGGAGAAGUUCCGGCUGGACGACUGUCUGGGGGGCACGUCGGAGGUGAUCCAGCGCCGCGCCAUCCACCGCAUUUACGGCGACAAGGCUCCGGAGAUCAUUGAGAGCCUCAAGAAGAACCCUGUCACCGCUGUCCCCGUCGUCCUGAAAAGGCUGAAGGCCAAAGAGGAGGAGUGGCGGGAGGCCCAGCAGGGCUUCAACAAGAUCUGGCGGGAGCAGUAUGAGAAGGCGUACCUCAAGUCCCUGGACCACCAGGCCGUGAACUUCAAGCAGAAUGACACCAAGGCCCUUCGCUCCAAGAGCUUGCUCAAUGAGAUUGAGAGCGUCUAUGACGAGCACCAGGAGCAGCACUCGGAGGGCCGCAGCGCCCCCUCCAGCGAGCCGCACCUCAUCUUCGUAUACGAGGACCGGCAGAUCCUGGAGGACGCAGCCGCCCUCAUCAGCUACUACGUGAAGCGGCAGCCGGCCAUCCAGAAGGAGGACCAGGGCACCAUCCACCAGCUGGUGCACCAGUUCGUGCCCAGCCUCUUCUUCUCCCAGCAGCUGGACCUGGGCGCGUCCGAGGACUCCGCCGAUGAGGGCCGGGGGAGCCCCCAGGGGCAGGGUGCAGACCCUGGUGACCGGAAGAAGCCAGCGCCCGGACCGCAGAGCAGCGCCCCAGAGGAGAAGGGGGCCUCGGGCGAGGCGCCGGCCACAGAGCAGCAGCCGCCGCAGCACAAGCCCCUGGACGACAUCUACAGCCUCUUCUUUGCCAACAACAACUGGUAUUUCUUCCUGCGCCUCCAUCAGACCCUGUGCUCCAGGCUUCUGAAGAUCUACCGCCAGGCACAGAAGCAGCUCCUGGAGUACCGGACGGAGAAGGAAAGGGAGAAACUGCUCUGCGAGGGCCGCCGGGAGAAGGGCAACGACCCCGCCAUGGAGCUGCGGCUGAAGCAGCCAAGUGAGGUGGAGCUGGAGGAAUACUACCCGGCCUUCCUGGACAUGGUGCGGAGCCUCCUGGAGGGCAGCAUCGACCCCACGCAGUAUGAGGACACCCUGCGCGAGAUGUUCACCAUCCACGCCUACGUGGGCUUCACCAUGGACAAGCUGGUGCAGAGCAUCGCCCGGCAGCUGCACCACCUCGUGAGCGACGAUGUCUGUCUGAAGGUGGUGGAGCUCUACCUGAACGAGAAGAAGCGGGGCGCUGCCGGCGGGAACCUGUCCUCCCGCUGUGUCCGCGCCGCCAGGGAGACCAGCUAUCAGUGGAAGGCCGAGCGGUGCAUGGCUGACGAGAACUGCUUUAAGGUGAUGUUCCUCCAGCGCAAAGGGCAGGUGAUCAUGACCAUUGAGCUCCUGGACACCGAGGAAGCCCAGACAGAGGACCCACUAGAGGUGCAGCACCUGGCUCGGUACGUGGAGCAGUACGUGGGGACCGAGGGUGCGUCCAGCUCGCCCACCGAGGGCUUCCUCCUGAAGCCUGUGUUCCUGCAGAGGAACCUCAAGAAGUUCCGCAGGUGGCAGUGUGAGCAGGUGCGCGCGCUGCGGGGUGAGGCCAAGAGCUCCUGGAAGCGGCUGGUCGGGGUAGAGAGCGCCUGCAACGUGGACUGCCGCUUCAAACUCAGCACCCACAAGAUGAUGUUCAUCGUGAACUCCGAGGACUACAUGUACCGCCGUGGGACGCUCGGCCGGGCCAAGCAGGUGCAGCCCCUGGUCCUGCUGCGCCACCACCAGCACUUCGAGGAGUGGCACAGCCGCUGGCUGGAGGACAACGUGCCGGUGGAGGCAGCCAGCCUGGUGCAGGACUGGCUGAUGGGCGAGGAGGACGAGGACAUGGUGCCCUGCAAGACGCUCUGCGAGACAGCUCACGUGCACGGGCUGCCGGUGACCCGCUACCGAGUGCAGUACAGCCGCCGCCCAGCCUCGCCCUGACGCUCCCACACGGGCACUACGACUCGCACUUAGUGCAGUUGCUUCCUCGGCCUGUGUGCCCAUCGGGCGUUUUCAUAAACAGUGUGAGGGGAGCAGAGCGUCCCCCAGCCUUGCUGCUAUGGGCUGUGAGCUCCAGAGAAGGGCGGGUUGUGUCGGCUCUCGGCCCCACGCUGCCAUCCCUCUUGGCUUCCCCGCUUCCUUUGGGCCCGUCCUGUGCCAGACGUAAAGCACUCCCCGCACUUGAACUCUAGGGGCUCAGUCCCCACUGGAAGGGGGAGAAGCAGUGCACCGCUCAAGGCACAAGUGAGUGCGUUCACAUGCCUGCUGGGCUACUCCCGUCACACAUGCCAAAUCCCCAGGCUUGGGCACCACGGGUCCUUUCCUGCGUAUGGUGAAAGUGGGUGGAGAGCCGCGCGAGGGCUCACGUUCGAGGGCUCACGUUCAGGAGGGGUCAGCGUUUGAGGGUCCCUGACGUCGGAGGAGUCGGGCCCAGGUGGACCUGCUUGAAAAGCAUGUCCUUCCCAGGCUUCUAGAAACAUUUCCCAAGCUGGGCAACAGCCUGCAUCUGACAGUUCGGGCAUCGGCUUGGCCCAGCGGGUGCCUGCCUGGGGUCCUCAGUCACUUCGAAAGUGAGAAGAGCCCUUUCAGCCAGACUGUUGGGAUCCUGCUUUGACAUCCAGACAGAGUGGGCAGGCGGCACCAGAACUGGCCAGGAGACCCUGCUCUGGAAAAAAAGAGACUCAAACCCCAUGUUGAUCCGACAGCUGGACUCUGAGCACGUGAGGGGAGGGGGCCUGGCCUGCCACACCCGCUGAGCUCGAGUGGUCCCACCCUGGGAGGGCCCUGGGGUGCGGUUGUGUACCUAAGAUGGACAUUCUAGAAGUAUAUAUAUGCACACAUAUUUAUUCCUUUAUGCUCUCUUAGUGGUUGUAAGUUCUACAACGGCCAAGUCCCACGGCCUCUCUGGGGGUGACAGCCCUCUUUGUGGACUUCUGCAUACCCACCCCAACGCCUCCAUUCCGGCAGCCACCCCCCGGGGCGGGUAUGGUGUGAGAGGCAAAAGCUUCUGUGCCAAGAAUGCCAAGCAGUUUGGGCUAGGAACCAGCCUUUUGAACUUCCGGCACCACGAGAAGCUCUGGCCGGGCCCCUGACACCAUCAGCAAGUGGGCUCCACUGACCCGUGGGCCUGGAAGAACCCCCGUGCAGCUGCCUCUGCCAGCCGCAGCCCUUGCCUUCCUGCAGCUGAGCUGUGCCAAACACCCAAGGUUCCGGGAAUUGGAGACGUGUUUCUAGAAGUUUACCUGUGGAACUCGAGGUUUGCAAAGCCUGUGACUCCAGGCCUGGGCGAUUCCAAGGCCAACCUGUCCCACCUGGGUGUCUCCUCACCCGUGUUUUCUCACGUGUAAUCCAUGCACUUUGUACGCAUCCUUGUUUUAUAAGAAGGAAACUUACCAGAAUUCCUGAACCAGACCCUCCCGGCAGCCGUCCUCCUCGGGAGCCCGCAGCUCCUCCCGUGCCUCUGCCUGGGCCCGGGUGCGGGCCGUACCCCACCAAGCCCCCCAUCCUGCAUGCUUCUAGCGAGCAUCUCUUCUGGUUUUGAAGAAUUUCUGUUCUGGGGCUUGUACUUCCUUUGCAGCUGUUUUGAAUGUAGUUUUCCUUUUCUAUUUAUUUGCACAUUAAAGCUAAAAAUUAAAUAUUGAUCUAAAGCUG